AUGAGAAUAGCAAAAGUAAGAAUCGUCUACUUUUUUUCAAAAGAUUGAUGGUUCAGAUGGUUUCGUCCGAAAUGGACACUGCGAUAGAGGCGCGCUCGUUGACCACUUCUCCGCUGAGCUCAAAAAUCUCCCCGUUGAGCCAAAUACAAAAAGACAAACUGCUAGUGAUUCAAUGGGAACAUCUCAAUCUCUAUAAAUUCUAUCCGAUGGCUCUGUGCAGUUCGUGGACCAUCCGAUGCAUGCUGUACCCCAUGUCGGUUGUAAAAAGUAGACUUCAGCUGCAAAGACAGAAUAACGUGUACAACGGAAUGCGUGAUGCGUUCGUCAAAAUAAUCCGGCAAGAGGGAAUCGGAGCAUUGUACAAAGUGAGUGGCUCCCGGCUCUUUUUGUGCUGCAUUGAUCAAAGGUUUUUUGUAGGGAUUCUGGAUGACGCUUCCUCAGUUGUCAGCUUCAUUUCUGUACUCGUCCGCCUACGAGCGUGUUCGAGAUUUGCUCCAAACACAUCUCCAUAUCAAAAAUCAUUCUGUUGUGUCUGCCUUGGCAGGAGGUAUUGCGUCUCCUUGUGCACAACUGAUUUUUGUGCCCACUGACAUCGUGGCUCAGCACAUGAUGGUUCAUAAUAACCCAGAAGCAUUUGGAGGUAGAAUUUAUAUUGUUGCAUUCAUUCAUCAAUUCCUUUAAGGUGGAAAAAAGAACAUUGCGGUAGCAGAUGCAAUAAGAAACGACGGCUUAGAAGGCAAAAGAACGCUGGGUUUGCGAGUGAUUCGGGCAGUCUAUCACGUGGAUGGAAUUUCUGGCUUCUACAGGUUCGCGCCAGGUUACCAAUGAAUCUAACCGAAAAUUUUCAAUUCAGAGGAUUUCUGUCGGCAAUCAUGUUGUACAUUCCCUCGACAAUGGUCUUCUGGUCCACUUAUUACAAUUCUUUAGCCGUAUUCCGGAUAAUCAGAGAAAAGGUACAAAUAAACAAUGUUCCUGUAAAACGUUGCAUUUUAUUAGGUCACGGAGCUCGAGUAUGGUAUUAAACCGACAUCACCUUCGGAAGUUGACGAUCGGAAUUUGUUUUUGGACCAAGCAGUCAGCGGAUCUAUCGGAGGAGUCGCUAGCGCGAUGGUCACAAAUCCGCUUGAAAUGCUCCGGAUCCGGUUGCAGGUAUUACUCAAUUUCCAAAAUGCUCUUUGAAAUCAGUUCAAAUCCAGGUUCACCGAACAACGUACCGGGAGACCAUCAUGAGGUUGUGGAAAUACGAAAAAGCUCAAGUAUUCACCAAAGUAAUUUUCAUUUGCAUUCAUUUCAGCCUCCCGCAAUAUCUGUUUUUCUUCAGGGUCUCGCACCUCGAAUGGUGAACAACGCACUCUACUCAAGUCUUGUGAUGCUCGCCUACGAGAGCGUGAAACGGUUCGCCGUACUGCCCGAAUUCAAGAACAAGAUCGUCUGGUGA